GAUUUAUAACUAGCCUUGCUAUCGUAAAGGACCAUAUACUGUUAUAUUCUGCGCGCAGAACAAGCACAAAAACAGUUAUCUGACAUAAUGACAUCAAUACUAGUGGAUGAGCCUGCAGUAACCCUAGUUGGCUCAUGAACUAGGAUGAAUGUCAUUGUCAUGGUAUGCAUCGGGACUAAGAAAACUUUCCUUUAGACGAAGGAGCGGCCAACUAAGCAAAGGAUGGAUCAGGAUAUUUGUCUACCUCAAUAUUUAUCAUUAGUGGAGGACAACACCCUGUUAGACCACGAGUCGGGCAGCAGAGUGGGAAAUCAAGAACACACUGAUGGCGAUUAUGUAAACGACAAAUAUGUUUACAGGUCGUUCGUCAGUUCAACCCUACUAGAUCAGAACAAAACAAUAUCAUCGACCACGCUAAAAACGAAAGAGGAAGAUUCCGAAGAUAAAAAUAUUGAGGAACAAAGCAACCAGCCAGAAUCACCGGAGAAGUCGGACGAGCUUGUCUCAACAGUACCAUUGCACCGAUCAGAAUCAAUGGUGGAGCGGGAAAGUAUGUCAGACGAGCUAGUGUCACCACAGCAAACAUACGAGGGAGCACAAACAAUGGAACGAGGGAUAACCGACUUCGAUACGGAGGAAGAACACAAUUUUCCAAACGCUGGAAACGAUGACGUUAAAAGUGGAAACAACAAUACAGAGUCAAUUUUAACUGAUUCUGUUGGUUACUGUACCCCAAUUACCGCUAGAGUAAAUUAUCCUGAUCUAACAGACGUUGAUAAGGGAUCUACGAAAGGAAACCGCGAUUUAGUGCAAGGAUCUGCUGAUGAUUUAGCAGAGAAAACAAUCAAUCUAAAUAACCGCACUCUGGGAUUGCUGAAGACAUUCAAAAAACAAUUUGCGUUGUUUCUCCGAGAGGAAUAUGUACAAUUAGAUGUUUGUCUCAAUGACGUUACAGACUCGACUCUCGUGUUAAAAGGGCACCGUGAACACUUGGAACACGACGACUUCAUUCAGACAUUUCUUACUAAAUGCAUUCAAAAGGUUUCACAACCAAUGAAAAAGCUAGAAAUACAACUGCUCUCCAACCCAUCUGUGAUACGAUACAUCAAUAAAAGGAUGAACGGAUUGAAGCUGGUGUGCUUUUGGGCAUGUGGCAAAGACGGUACGUCCAUCGAUGUGUUUUCCAGGAAGGAGACGAUUUCCUUGGAUGCGGCCUCACUGAUCUCCCAGUGUCUAUGUAAAUGGAGUAUUACAGUGAGCACUCAGGUACAAUCAGACGUCACGAAAGAAGUCAUUGAGGGUGGUAUUGAACAAGAAUACAAAAACAUGUUCAUCUAUCAGCACUUAAAAACCAGUGAGAACGGAACAGACGAGAUACAAUAUCAAUUUAACUUUGUCUUUUUGGAUUCGGUUAUGCCUGAGAUCAAAACGAAAAUAAGAGACGCUUUGCGUGCAUGUUCAGAACCACACAGAGCCGAAUUUUUAUGUCGUCCUCCUGAAACGAUCGACAGAGAGUUCUUCGUUGGUCUCGGACAACGCUUCUGCAGCAAUGUUACAGUCAAAGACGGAUUUUUAGCAAAAUGUCGGCCAACUUUGACAGACAGACAUUGCUUUCUUAUGAUGAAUAAUCGGCGGAUCCUGAUCCAGCAGGGAGUCCUAUUAGACAGCGACGCCGACGUCAUCUUGUGUCCGGUUGACGACAUGCACAAUGCUGUUGGUGUAGGCGAGACUGUUUUUGAGAAAAUUGGCGAUGACCUCAUACAAGAAAUGUUCAAAGAACUUUGGAAAGUCCUGCAAAAGAGGGCGACAUUGAUUGAUGGAGAUCAUCCUCACUUCACAGACAGCGUUUGUCGUAACCUUAAAAACAGGCGUAUCAUGUUCGCUGUCCUUCCAAAUGAACAAACUACCGACAGUGAUAUCGAUACCAUGAUACAAAGGGCAGUGUCUCAUCUCUUGGUUAAAUCGGACCAGCAUGUAUGUAGAUCUGUAGCUUUAGCCAUCGACUACACAACCACGUUUUCUAUGCACACUUUAGUUGAAGCAGUCGCCAAAUCUUUAAAACAAUUUCCAGACAAGAAACUCAAAUUUGUAAAAGAAGUAAGGUUGGUUGUAACUUCUGAAGAGGGUGUGACCAGUCUUUUUGAAGCAUUGUCGGGAUAUGAAGAUGUGCUGUUACCUAAACCAAGAUCUCAACACGUGCUGGAUCUCUGCAACUGUCAGCUAGAUGAUGCAGUUGAAGCAAAGAAAGCAAUAUCUCCGAUACAAAUCGAGAUUUUUCAAGGGAAUCUGACACAUCCCGAUCUCGUUAAGAACGUCGACAUGCUUGUGAACAGUGUGGGUUGCAAAGGAGAUUCAUUGCGUGGUUCUAUCAGCCAAACCAUCGUAGAACAAGGUGGAUAUCAAAUCAAAGAAGAAUUUGAUGAACAGGCUUCCAAAGGUCUGCGGUUUGGUGAAACGAUCUCAACAGGUGCUAGGAAUCUUCCUUGUAAAAAGAUCUGUCACGGACUGCUGUACAGUAGAUGGGACACAACGGGAGACUUCAGCGUAAAGGUGAUGCGAUCCGUCAUCACACAAGCGUUGCUUCAAGCCGAAAAAGAGCAUUGUGUUAGCCUUGGAAUUCCAGCGUUAGGGACAGGAUUUCUUAAAUAUCCAGUCAAGCAUGUGGCCAACAUUUUAUAUGAUACAGUGGAGAUGUAUGGACGAUGUCAUACCACUACCUGUAUCAGACGGGUGCUACUCGUUGUUAACGACGGGGAUGACGCUUAUAACGAGGCUUUACACGACGUUGUAGCGUUUCAGGGUGCUAGACAACUACAUCGGGGUGUUCGAUUUUACGACAAAAAUGUAGGAAUGAAUCCAGGACUUGACUCCAGGUUCCAUUUCUGGGAAACAGUUGACUGCAACACUGGUGUAGUAGUUCGAGUUGCUCCUGACUUUCCUGUUGGAGUAUAUUUUGACACUGAUGUCAUCUACACACUGAAAGAGACGGAUAGUCCCUUAUCUCAAGGAAGAAUUUUUCCGAAGGCCGAGUUCGACAAAUCAGACAAUAUAUACAAAUUAGUCGUUGAUACCCCGCGGUUCCAAACCCAAAUUGGUGGCUUCUCCAAGACUCUCAAGGACUGCAUGAAGCAUGCGCAAAAACACAAGUACGAGUCCGUGGCGUUUCAAGUACAGACAUGUGGGCAUGACGAGAUCUGCAAGAUGAGCAUGCUUAUUUCAAAAGUAAUAUUCAAAAACACUGAAAGAGGCGGAUCGUCACCGAUGUAUUCAAUACUGUUGAGCAGGAACGUAGACAUCAAAAACAUUACAGAGUUUCAAGGGUGCAAGUUUCAUUUCCAUCGGAAAUGUAGAUAUAUGGAAGAAUAUAUGGAGAAAGGAAUACUCGUGUCCGUGAAAUCCAAAGGCAGAUCGGCCUACGAACAAGUACGACGUGAAAUAGAAACCCAUGUAGACGUGAUCACAACCUCCUCAAUGAAACACAAUUAACUCCCAUUGUAGUAAAUCUUCGCUGUGGGAAGUGUUAUUUGACCUACAAGGCAACGAUAUCUUCCUGUCUAGAAUGAAAUGGAUUCCUGCUGAUUCUUGUGAUAUAUGUGGACCACAUUCAUUGUUCGUUUUACCUUAAUUGUUCUGCUAUUUUGUUGUUUCAGUUAUAUGUUUGGUCAUUUCAUUGUUGGAGUAUUCAAUUAUGUUGUUAGGGUUAACUUCACAAUUGUGUUGUUUUGUAUGAGUGUCCAGUAAUUUGUUCAUUUAGGAGUGCUCCAGUAAUUUGUUCGGUCUAACGUCACUUUCGUGUUAUAUGUGAAAGUGUUCCAAUGAUAAGUGUACUCUCUCUCUCUCUCUUCACAUAAUAGUAUUUUAAGGCAAUGAAAUUUCUUUCAGCAUUAAAAAUAUCUUAAAAACUAUGUUAAAAACUACAAGAUGUACAUGGGAUUCUCCUUGGACCCUGACAAGGGGCAUUGUAAGGGGUCAAAGAUUAUAAGUGAUUUAUAUGUAAAUUACACAAAUAACUUAUGUUCUUGUGUUGCAAAUAUACAGCAGCAUAUAUCUACUGUUAUUCUGUGUAAAUGUGACACACAUACAUAAACAUAUGUAUAAAAUUGUACAACUUAAUUUCAAUCACAUAUAUGCCUUAAUAUCUAUAUUGAUAUGUUAAUUUGUAAUGACUUUAGUUACCUAUACCUCCAUUACAAAGUUGCGAUAGAUUUUUGUCUCUAUUACAAUUUUAAAAU